GCUGGGAACCGGCUGCUUGCUGUCGAAAUGGGCAAGUUCAUGAAACCCGGGAAAGUGGUGCUGGUCCUGGCUGGACGUUACUCCGGACACAAAGCCGCCAUCGUGAAGAACAUUGAGGACGGCACCUCAGACCGCCCUUACAGCCAUGCCCUGGUGGCUGGAAUUGACCUCUAUCCCCGAAAAGUGACUGCUGCCAUGGGCAAGAAGAAAAUCGCCAAGCGAUCAAAGAUCAAGUCUUUUGUGAAAGUUUAUAACUACAAUCACCUCAUGCCCACAAGGUACUCUGUGGACAUCCCCUUGGACAAAACUGUUGUCAAUAAGGAUGUCUUUAGAGACCCAGCCCUGAAACGCAAGGCCAGGCGGGAAGCCAAGGUCAAGUUUGAGGAACGAUAUAAGACAGGAAAGAACAAAUGGUUUUUCCAGAAGCUUCGCUUUUAGGUAUAUUUUUGUUUCCAUCAUUAAAUGUUUA